AUGAUCCGACUUAUACGAGGGCACCUACUGAGAACUAGACUAUACACCACUGCGAAUGGAACUGCAGAGACGGUGCUUCCUCAGCUUCACCCGUUGCUAAUUCAACGGGCAGCAUUUUUGCAGAAUGAACAUAAAGAAUUGGCCAAGAAGUUGGAUUCGUACGACCCAGAGCUUCAAAUUCAAUUUGAUAGAAUCACCCAAAUCAUGGACAAAUACGAGAAAUUCACUUCCCUCAGUGGUGAAAUUGCAGAGCUUUUGAAGAUAAGAGAUCACGAGUUGGUUGAGGAGGCGAAGGCAGAAAUGCAAUCCUUAGUGCCGCAGUUGCAAGAGUUGUGCAAUGAAUUGAAGAAUAAAUUGUUGCCACCAGUAAAGUAUGCGGAAUGUAAAACAAUGAUAGAGCUAAGACCUGGAGUUGGUGGUAACGAGGCUAGCUUAUUUACAGAAGAUUUACUACAAAUGUAUGUCAAUUUCGCCAUAUUCAAGAAUUGGAAGUACAAGAUUAUAUCGACAGGGAAGACCUCAAGCGGCUUUAUCAAUGAAGCCAUCUUGUGUAUAGAUGAGCCGGGAUCAUAUGACAUUCUACGUCACGAAAGUGGUGUACAUAGAGUACAAAGAGUACCAGAGACCGAGGCCAAAGGAAGAAUCCAUACCUCAACAGCAGCUGUGGUUAUUCUCCCUAAAUUAUCUGAUGGGAAUGAGCAAAGUUUACGUAAUGAUGAACUCCAAUUCAAACCAGGUGAAGUGAGAAUUGAUACAAUGAGAGCUAGUGGAAAAGGUGGUCAGCAUGUCAACACCACUGAUUCUGCAGUGCGAUUGGUUCACAUUCCAACAGGCAUAAUCGUCACCCAACAAGAUGAACGAUCGCAACCACAGAACAAGGCAAAAGCGUUUGCUAUAUUGCGUAGUCGUUUGGCAGAACGUGAUCGUAUAGAAGAGUUGGAAAAGCAAAAGAAUCUUCGAACUUCGCAAGUUAAAACUACCGAUAGGAGCGACAAGAUACGGACUUAUAAUUAUCCACAGAAUAGAAUCACCGAUCACAGAUGUGGCUACAGCUUACACGAUAUUGAGGGAUGUAUGAAGGGAGAGAAGUUGCAGGAUAUUAUAGAUAAGGUGAAGGAAGUGGAGUAUAAGGAAAGAAUGGACGAAAUGGUGAGUUCUCAGUCGAAUGGCGAUGCAAGUGAGGGGUGA